GGGAUGUUUGUGCAGGUGCUAGGUUCGGUGCGUCUGGUUGAGAGGCGUGAUGAGCCCGUUCUUUUGGAAUAUAUUUCUCUGGGGCACGCUAUGCUGUGAGAUGGCAGAGCUUUCUCACUGCCGUUUGCAAGAAGCGAAGAAAAGGGUGAAGAUAGGGUUUAAAAAAGCAGAGCAGAGUUGGAUAGAAGAAGAAGAAGAGUGUGAGAGAAUGAGCGUGUGUCUGAAUGUGUGUGUGUAUGAUGGUUCCGUGUGGGUGGAAUGAGGACCGGGGGGGGGCCAAUUCUCUUGGGGGCACAGAGAGAGAUAGGCCUUGUCGCUCAAGUAGAAAGGAGGGGAUGGUACAGAGUACAGCGAGGUAGGACUGCGUAGGGCGGCGGUUCAGAACGUGCGAAAGGAGGGACAAGCAGCAAAGUUGGACAAGAGUGCGACGGGGGGGUGUGCGGUGCAGAGAGAAAGAGGCAGAGGAUGA